ACACUUUUAAGGAUGUUUGGGUCUAGUUAGGACAGUGGGAAAAUAGUGUGUAUCAGUUGAGCAUACAGUCCAGCACCUGGGAGGUAGAUGGAAGUAGGCACAUCAGUUCAAAGUUAACACAGAAAGUAUGAGACCAGCCUGGGCUAGAGGAGACCGUGUCUCAAAAACAGAAGUGGGCCAACCAAAUGGCUUAAUGGGGAAGGUACUUGCCACCAAGUCUGAAGACCUGAGUUUGAUCUCAGGGACCCUCCCAAUGGUAGGAAAGAACUAAUUCUUGCAAGUUGUCGUCCAACCUCUAAAUACACACAAAAUGUGGCACACACCCCAAUAAAUAUAUGUAAUUUUAAAAAAAUGUAAAAAAACAAAAUCAGGACAGUGCUUGCUUAGCAUACAGGAAACCUGGGGUUCCAGCCCCAACAUCAUACAAACCAGAUGUAGUGGAAACAGGCCUGAAUUCUGGCACUCAAGGAAAUGGAGUCAGGAGGAUUCAAAGCUCAAGGCCAGCCUUAACUACAAAGAGAAUUGGAGACCAUCUAGGGCUGCAUGAGACCGUCACAAACACAAAAAUGGACCUGGUUAUCCAGAUAGUUUUUCUGGCUUUCGAUGCCCAAAUGAGGAGAGGCGUGGCAUAGCGUGUCCUUUGAAGAGGCUGAACUCUUCUCUUCCCUCAGGCUACCCCACCCAUCUCUCUUUCCAUUCUUUUCCCUUCCAAUCUCUGCCAACACAUCCCGCCUGCUUCAUUGAGGUAUGCAAAUGAGCGUUCUAUAGCCCCGCCCCAAUACGCUAACAACUCCCCGCCCACAGUGCCAUGCAAAUCAGGUUGCCAAUGUCCACGCCCACCUGGCCAACACGACGCCGUGGGCCCGGCCCCAUGGGUUAUGCAAAUGAUAUCCCGUUUCCCCACCCCACUGGAUUAUGCAAAUAAGGCUCCUUGGCCCCGCCCCUGCCUCGGCCACGGAGUCUGCGCGGAGCUGCAAGCCCGGCGGUCCAGACUUCUCUAUCUCCGUGUCCGCCUGCCUGACCAGCGGUCUGUCUGACUGUCCUGCAGCGCCGGGACCGUCUAGACGGAGAGGGGGCUCAGGCGGCGACGGCCUAGACAGGGCCUCAAUGGAGCCCUGGACACACAGUGCCUCCCCUCUCCUGCCUGGGCCUCAGUUCCCACAUCCGUGCAAUGGAGAUGAGUGUCUUUGCCCUGCUGGCCUCCGGGAGCAGCUGUGAGUCGGUGGUGGUCGAGGUGGAGGCCUGUGGGAAGCCCUAGGGCGCUGGCACAGGCCCAGCCUUCGCCAUGGCUGGAGGGAGACCUCACCUGAAGCGAAGUUUCUCCAUCAUCCCCUGCUUCGUCUUCGUGGAGUCUGUGUUGCUGGGCAUUGUGGUCCUGCUGGCAUACCGCCUGGAGUUCACGGACACCUUCCCUGUGCACACCCAGGGCUUCUUCUGCUAUGACAGCGCUUAUGCCAAGCCGUACCCCGGGCCUGAGGCUGCCAGCCGGGCCCCUCCCGCCCUCAUCUAUGCUCUGGUCACUGCUGGGCCUACCUUCACGUCUCGUCCACAGAUCCUGCUGGGGGAGCUGGCCCGCGCCUUCUUUCCUGCUCCGCCCUCCGCCAGUCCUGUCAGUGGGGAGAGCACCAUCGUGUCUGGAGCCUGCUGCCGCUUCAGCCCCCCACUCCGGAGGCUGGUCCGUUUCCUGGGGGUGUACUCUUUCGGCCUCUUCACCACGACCAUCUUUGCGAAUGCGGGGCAGGUGGUGACCGGAAACCCCACGCCUCACUUCCUGUCUGUGUGUCGCCCCAACUACACGGCCCUGGGCUGCCCACCGCCGUCUCCUGACCGGCCUGGGCCUGACCGCUUCGUCACGGACCAGAGCGCCUGUGCAGGCAGCCCCAGCCUGGUGGCCGCCGCUCGCCGCGCCUUCCCCUGCAAGGACGCGGCCCUGUGCGCCUAUGCGGUCACCUACACUGCGAUGUACGUGACCCUAGUGUUCCGGGUGAAGGGCUCCCGCCUGGUGAAACCGUCCCUCUGCCUGGCCCUGCUGUGCCCCGCCUUCCUGGUGGGCGUGGUCCGCGUGGCAGAGUAUCGCAACCACUGGUCGGACGUGCUGGCUGGCUUUUUGACUGGGGCGGCCAUCGCCACGUUUCUGGUCACCUGUGUUGUACACAAUUUCCAGAGCCGACCCCCCUCUGGCCGAAGGCUCUCCCCCUGGGAGGACCUGAGCCAGGCCCCCACUAUGGACAGCCCCCUCGAAAAGUUAAGUGUGGCCCAGGAACCCGAGACCUGCAGGCCGCAUUCGACACCGGCACGGCUCACCCCAUCCAAGCCGCAGAACUGUGCCCGCCGUGGCCACCUGAUUCCCAGCUGUGUGUCCUCCAGGGCCCCAGCCAUGUGCUCCUCGCCCCGUGUGCCCCGCCCUCGACUGAGGUCUGAGCCGACACCCCUGCCGCUGCCGCUGCCCCUGCCCGCACCGACUCCCAGCCAGGGUCCCUCGCCUUCCUCCCCUGGACCCGGGGGCCCAGGCGGGGGAGGCGGCCGCGGCCGGAAGCUGCUGCUGCCCACGCCCCUGCUACGGGACCUGUACACCCUCAGUGGACUCCAUCCCUCCCCCUUCCACCGCGACAACUUCAGCCCUUAUCUGUUUGCCAGCCGCGACCACCUGCUGUGAGACCCACCACCUCAAAUAUGCCCAGUGUCCCCCCCGUUUCUUCCCUGCCACGCGUGCGUGUGCCACGCGAGUGCUAAAGGACCCUGGCCCUCCAAACCAGCCAGGCUCGGCAUCAGAAGAUGGCUGGAAGGACACUUGGGGUGGGGGCGUCUCUUGACUGCUCUUUGGCCUUCUGGGACAUCUGGGUAAGCAAAAGUAACCAGGUGGGCCCAUGUCCCUAGGACUGCCCUUUUAACGGCUGAUGCUUGACCCAACUGACCAUUGCCUAUCCAGGGAGAGCUCCUAGUUCUCAGAAUUCAGCCGAAAAGUUUACUCCAGCCAAUAAGAACCUCUCACUUCUUAGCGCCCUCAAGCAAGGGGGCAACUCUGGCCAAUGCUCAGUGUCUCAACAGCCAAUAGGAGCCCUUGGUUUUCAGAAUUGCCGAGAGUGGGUGGGAAUGAUUCCAGUCAAUGGGGGACCACCCGUGUCAAAGCCAAGUCAAAGUCAAGGAGGGCUGUCCAGACUCUCCCUAGAAUCACGGAGUCCAGCUGGAGGGUGGGGGGCAGGCUCCCCCAUAGCAGGGUCCUGUGGGCAUCCCUACCCUUCUAGCUCCUCCCCCAGGUGCAUCAUCUCACACCCUCCCACUCCCUACUUAGGUAGGGCUUGCCCCAGUUCACAGGUUUUGGAGUUCCGGGUGCUGUCUCCCCUUGGCUGUGCCCAGGGCACCCCCAAACCUUCUAUUAUUUAUUAGGGCUGUGGAAAAAUACUUUAUUUUCUUGGGACCCACCCUUCUUCUUCAUGCUGCUCCCUAUGCCUCAGCCUCAUGCAGAUGUGCUAUCUUGGGGGGCAUGGGUGAAGCAGAAGGAGGUCCCCCUACCCCGAAUAGCCAAAGGCAGUGGGCAGAUGAAACACUGUCCCCCUUCCCUGCCUCCCUCCUCAUCUUUAAUAAAGACCUGUUUGUAACAGAA